UAUACGUGUUCCAAAUAGUGUAUGACGUAAUAGCGUUAUAAUUUAACAGUAUAAAUAAUUAACAGUUAAGCUAAAAAAAUGUCUACAAAGUAUAAGUGCAAGUCUAUUAAUUGUAUAUGUUUUAUUUGUAAAAUAAAAUUUUCAAAAUUCAUUUGUCAAUCGGGUAUUUUCCAGUUAAAAAAUUAUGCUUAUCCUGUUUAUGUGCUUAUGCCUUAUUCCAAUAUUAUAUUCAUCAAAUAUGGCCCCAAUAAAUGAAGACGAUUUUAAGGAAGUCAAAGUGAAGAUGUUCAAUUGUUUACUUAUAGCUUAUAAAAAGGAACAACAAAAUUAUCGGUUUAUUCCUGAUGUUAUACAUACUAUAUUAGAUAGAUUUAUAUGUAUGAUUCAAAAUGAUGAAUGGGAUUUAGAUAAAUGCUCUGUAGAGUAUUUUAACCUCAUGAAAAUAUCAGAUAUAUUCAAAACCGAAAAGUUAAAAAAAUUAAAAGCAGUUAUUAAAAAAUGUCUUGGUGAACUUUACUGUGAUCUACGUCCUUCUGAGGUAGAAAAAGAGAACGAAAAUGACAUUAAAAGUAGCAAUAAAGUUGUGUUUGAUUAG